UUUUCAUUAUGGAACCCUUUACACCGGAAGUCCUGUGGAUUGUUAUUGUCGGUUUUAUCAUUGCCUUUGUCUUGGCAUUUGGUAUUGGUGCCAAUGAUGUGGCCAAUUCAUUUGGCACCAGUGUUGGUUCGGGCGUUUUGACAAUACGGCAAGCAUGUGUUCUGGCCACGGUUUGUGAAAUUUCGGGAGCUGUAUUGAUAGGCUACAAGGUUUCAGAUACCAUGCGAAAAGGCAUACUCGAAGUUGAACUCUAUGAAGGCUAUGAAAAUGAAUUGAUGUUGGGCUGUUUGGCCGCCCUGGCCAGUAGUGCCAUUUGGCUGUUGGUGGCAACCUUUUUGAAAUUACCCAUUUCCGGUACACAUAGUAUUGUGGGCUCAACUAUUGGCUUCUCGUUGGUAGCCAGAGGUACCCAGGGUUUGAAAUGGUCAACCAUGGGUACCAUAGUUGGUUCGUGGUUCAUAUCGCCGGUCUUAAGUGGUUUAGUUAGUAUUCUGUUGUUUUUGGCCAUACGCAAGUUUAUUUUGCGUGCCACUGAACCGCUUAAAGCCGGCUUCCGUUCGUUGCCCAUAUUCUAUGGUGUGACAUUUUUCAUAAAUGUCAUCAGUGUUAUGUUGGAUGGACCAAAGUUGCUUUAUAUGGAUAAUAUACCCACCUGGAUGGCUGUGACUGUUAGUGUGGCAUUGGGCCUGUUGGUGGCCAUAUUGACGCAUUUAGUGUUGGUGCCUAUGCAGAAGCGAAAAAUUGCUAAACAAUUGCGUGCUAAAAAUCCUGUCAAAUUUCAAUUUGAAGAUUCUGUGGAAUCUUCGCCGUCCGGUAGCCCUAAGAAAAAUCGUCGUCCUCUCAGUUUGGUGAGCGAUGGCAAACAACUGCCUGCAAUUGCCGAAAUUACCGAGCUGGUCUCGUUGACAGACAAUUCGCCAAAAACCUUUAAGCUAGCCCCCUUUAAUUUGAAUGGCACGAAAACGUUGAAUGGCACCACACCCGAUGGCUACAAAAUCAAUCCGGAAAUAAUUAAAAAGGCCGAAGACCUCUUGGGCAAAGCCAGUUUGGACAAUACCGAUUUGACUAUAACCAGUUUGAAUUUUAUUGACGAGCAGGCCAAUGGCAAUGGAAAUGGUCUGAACGGUUUAAAUGGUCUACACAAAACGACGACGACACCCAAGGAUAAUUUGAAUUCAUUGGAAGCCUGCUUCAAGCCACCACAACAACAAUCAGCUGCCACUGUACAACAACACCAAACAAAUGAGCUUCCCAAUAUUAAUGCCAAUGUUGCAAUUGCAAAUAAUAACACCAACCCAGCACCCACUUUAAAUGUUUCCGAUUCAAUGGUAAUUGGUGAUGUGGAUGAAUGUGAUAAGGCCACAACGGCAUUGGUGGCACCCCACAACAACAGCAUUGAAUCGUCGAAAAAUUUAAAAGUCAUCGAAAGUGGCAGCAGUCUGGAUAUGAUGAUAUCAUCGACCCUCUCACCCAAUUCCAGUAAAGUUCCUUUAAUUGAAAGCAAAGAAGCGAUAAAUGAUUUUAAAAAUCCCUCAGCGGACCAUAGUGGCGAGGAGACCGAAGAGGUGUCAAUGCUGUUUUCGUUUUUACAAAUUUUAACCGCUACCUUUGGUAGUUUUGCCCAUGGUGGUAAUGAUGUGAGCAAUGCCAUUGGUCCCCUAAUUGCUUUAUAUAUGAUUUAUCGCGAAGGUUCUGUGAUGCAAAAAGCCGAAAGUCCCAUAUAUAUUUUAAUAUAUGGUGGUAUUGGCAUUUCUAUUGGUCUCUGGCUAUGGGGUCGUCGUGUCAUUGAAACCAUUGGCAAUGAUUUAACCAAAAUUACCUCAUCAACUGGUUUUACAAUUGAAAUUGGUGCUGCUAUAACUGUACUGCUGGCCAGCAAAGUUGGUAUACCAAUUUCCACAACUCACUGUAAAGUGGGUUCUGUGGUAUUUGUCGGUCAUAUCGCUUCGAAGGGAGCCAAAAAGGACAACAACAACAGCAGCAAUAAUGCAGCCCAAUCGCAUGGCAAUGCCGAUGGCAGUGUUGAUUGGCAUUUAUUCCGUAAUAUUGCAUAUGCUUGGAUUGUUACGGUACCCGUAACGGCGUUAUUAAGUGCAGCAAUUAUGUUUAUUUUAUGUGUAUCAACCGGUGUUUAAG